GAACAUAAGAACAUUGUUUUGUUUUGUUGCCGGUACGUCGACCUGAGACCCACACCAUAGAGAGCAGGCAGCAACGCCUCCGCCACCGAUCAAUAUGAUUUUUAUUUCUACCUUAGAUCUGCCAAUUUAAACUCAACUACUCGGAAAAUCUAUUACCCAGUUGCUGGGUUUUCAAAUAUAGGCAUCCGAUCAUACUGUUCGGUUUUCUAUUGAGGCUAUGGAGUUUCAGAGGUAGCCCAGAAAACCAGAGAGAGAUAUUGUGCAGCUCUAUUUGUUAAUUUAGUAUGUGAACGGUAUUGAGGUCUAGAAGAAAAACGUCUUUUUCUCGACGAACCGUCAUGUCGAUCUCAGCCUUUUGGCCUGUUAACACCCGGUUUUUCCCCCUUCUAGAGGUGGCGGGGGUGCUGGUGACUGGGCUCCAUGAAAUGCACCAGCAAGAGCUAGAAAAUAUGAAACUAGCAACACAACCCUUCAAAACAAUAAAAUUUUUUACACUGGCUAUAAUACAAUAUAUGAAGCAGACAAUAUUGUACUUGUUGGCGAAAGGUGGGCGGCUUAUGCUUUUCAGUAUUGUGGUAGGGGCUCUUGGCACAGUGCUGAUGACCAUAAACGGUCUUCAUGAGAAGCAUUUUGAGGAGAUUGUGGAAUACUGUCGCUUUGGAUUGUGGUGGUUGGCCCUUGGGGUUGCAUCUUCAAUUGGCCUUGGAUCUGGCUUGCAUACUUUUGUCCUUUAUUUGGGUCCUCACAUAGCUUUGUUCACAAUAAAAGCAAUGCAAUGCGGUCGAGUUGAUUUGAAAAGUGCUCCAUAUGAUACAAUACAAUUAAAAAGAGGUCCUUCCUGGCUUGAUAAAGAAUGCUCUGAGUUUGGACCACCAUCAUUCCAAUCGGCACAAGUUUCACGGAUCUCACUAAGCAGCAUUUUGUCUCAAGUUCAGGUGGAAGCUGUUCUUUGGGGUGUGGGAACAGCAAUUGGGGAACCCCCUUAUUUUAUCUCAAGAGCAGCACGCUUGUCUGGUAGCAAAUUGGACGCCAUGGAAGAGUUAGAUACUGAAGAUGGAGGAAUCAUUGCCAUGCAUCUGAGUCAAAUCAAGCGUUGGUUUCUUACACACACUCAACAUCUGAACUUCUUCACCAUCUUAUUGCUUGCUUCGGUGCCAAAUCCUCUAUUUGACCUUGCUGGCAUCAUGUGUGGACAGUUUGGGAUUCCAUUUUGGAAAUUUUUUCUGGCAACCUUGACCGGAAAGGCAAUUAUUAAAACUCAUAUACAGACAUUACUCAUCAUCUCGGUUUGCAAUAAUCAACUUCUUGACUGGAUAGAGAAUGAAUUUGUAUGGGUUUUCAGCCAUAUACCUGGCUUUGCUUCUGUCUUGCCCACUGUGAUUGCUAAACUCCACGCAGUUAAAGAUAAGUAUAUAAAAUCACGCCAUGUGGUUUCCCCAGAUAUCCAGGGGAAAAAAUGGGAUUUGUCAUUGGCUUCACUCUGGAACACGGUCGUGUGGCUGAUGCUCAUGAACUUCUUUGUCAAGAUAGUGAAUGCAACUGCCCAGAACUAUCUAAAGGGGCAACAGGAGAUGGAGGUAGCUGCAAUAACAAAUAAAUCUUCGCCCGCGGGAUCAGACACACAAUAAAAUCCCGGAUAUUCUGCUAGUUUGGCUCCUUUUGCCAGCGGAGACACGGAAAUGCUGAAGGGCCUAUUAGGUGCUUUUGUGAGACUGCACAUAGCAUGAUGUGCAACAGAAGUUGCGGCUUCAUUCUUCUGGUUGAACGCCAGGCAGUAUUAUUUGGAAGGACUUCUAGAUUUUAACACAAUAUUGUCAGCUACUUGCUAGGGUAGAUAUAUGGAACUCCUACCACUCUUUCGCAAUCCAAGAGAGACUUGUUUAUUUGUUCA